GUCACUAGCCGAGCUUUCCUUUUCGGGAGUCCCCGGUACACAUCCUGUGUCCAUGUUUGGGCAUUUACGUCACGGCGGCAGGACCGGGGCCUCCCGAAAUGGCAGUGGCCCGGGGAGUCGGAAGCCCGAAGCCAGCGCCGCCGCAGCUAUAUAAGUGGGGGGGCUGUUGGUUGGGGGAGCCCGACUGCGCUUUGGAGAGGCGAGGAGCCGCCGCCCGAGGCCGGCGCGGGCGAGUGAGGACGCCGCAGACCCCAAACCCUUUUCCAAGAGGUGAGCGCUCGAAGCCAGGAGCUCGGGCGCCCGGGUCUGCGCGUUGCCGCGGGGCGCCCCGACCGCCGGCCUCCCCGCAACCUGCACGCGCCCAGGCCCAGCGGGCGAGGCCCCCGGUGCCCCGCAGCCGCCGCCGCGCCAUGCUCCACCUUGGCGAGCUUUCCGGCCCCGACGCGCUGCAGGGCAAGUCCACCGAAGGCUGUUGCGUCGAACGCUGCACUGAACUGCCCCGGCUGCCCGCCAGGGACGCUCCCGCGGCCGCUGGCUAUUCUGGAGCAGGCGACUUCUUGAGCUGGGCUUUGAGCAGCUGCGGCACCGGGGGGGAGUUAGCCGACUCCUGCUUCCUCGAGGGUCCUGCGCCCACGCCCCCUCCGGGCCUCAGCUACAGCGGUAGCUUCUUCAUUCAGGCAGUACCGGAACACCCGCACGACCCAGAGGCACUCUUUAACCUCAUGUCGGGCAUCCUAGGCCUGGCACCCUUCCCCAGCCCUGAGGCGACAGCUUCCAGAUCCCCGCUGGAUGCCCCGUUUCCCGCGGGCCCCGACGCCUUGCUCUCGGGUCCGCCGGACCUUUACUCCCAGGAUCUGAGCGCGGCCACCUUCUCAGAGGCGUUUUGGGAGGCUUCGCCUGCGGCUGGCGCCCCCUCGCAGUGCGUGUAUGAGCCCCAGCUCUCUCCACCCGACGUCAAGCCCGGCCUUCGGGCCCCUCCAGUCUCUCCAGCGCUGGACGCUGCCUCCGUCUUCAAAGGUCCCUACGCACCCUGGGAGCUGCUUUCUGUUGGUGCCCCAGGAAACUGUGGGUCACAGGGAAGCUACCAGGCCGCCCCCGAGGCUCGUUUCCCCUCAAUAGAAACCAAGAUUGAAGACCUGCUGUCCAUCAGCUGCCCUGCUGAGUUGCCGGCCGGCCCAACCAACAGACUCUACCCCACUGGGGCCUACGACGCCUUCUCGCUGGCUCCUGGUGACUUAGGGGCCGAGGGCCUCCCGGGGCUCUUGACCCCUCCUAGCGGGGAGGGAGGGAGUAGCGGCGACGGUGGAGAUUUUCUGGCUGGUACGCAGCCUCAGCUUUCCCCGCUAGGCAUUCGCAGGGUCGCCAGCACGGACUUCCCAAAACCUCUCGUGGCCGAAAUAUCCGGGAGCAGUGGCGUGGCUGCACCGCCUGGGCCGCCGCCCUCAGCCUCUUUCUCCCAAGCCAAGGCGCGGCGCAAGGGGCGCCGGGGCGGCAAGUGCAGCGCACGCUGCUUCUGCCCGCGGCCUCACGCCAAGGCUUUUGCUUGCCCGGUGGAGAGCUGUGUACGGAGCUUUGCGCGCUCCGACGAGCUCAAUCGCCACCUGCGUAUCCACACUGGCCACAAGCCCUUCCAGUGCCGCAUCUGCCUCCGCAACUUCAGCCGCAGCGACCACCUCACCACUCACGUGCGCACCCACACCGGCGAGAAGCCUUUUGCCUGCGACGUGUGUGGCCGUCGCUUCGCGCGCAGCGACGAGAAGAAACGACACAGCAAGGUGCACCUUAAGCAGAAGGCGCGCGCCGAAGAGCGGCUCAAGGGCCUCGGCUUUUACUCGCUGGGUCUUUCCUUUGCUGCAAUGUAAUCAGGAGCCGAGUUUGGAGGUUGGGGCGCCGCCACCUGCUGCGCACAAGAUCUGACCUCACACACACGCACACGCACACGCACACACACACACACGCACACACACACGCUCUUCCCAAUUUUCCCUCGCACGCCCCGGGGCCGGCCUCUUGUCCUGUUUCCAGUUCCCUUUAAACUCCCGCCGAACACGCCCCGUUCAGCACCAGAUGCGUGGAUGGCUCCCGUAGUCCUGGAGCUGUCUCCUUGUCCGCCGAGCUUUGGGGAAAGUCCUCUCAGGCCACCCACUGAGUAGACCCUUCCUUGGGACUCAAGACAGUCUUUUGUAACUGGCACGCGCCCCACAGCCCCCUGUAUAACCCCCCAGAGAUAGGGUGGGGCUGCGCUGAGCCGGUCUCGCGCGGGACUUUGUACAGCAAUGUGUUUCCAGCAGCCAUUGGAUGUAACGUUUUGCUUUGGGGUUAUGUCCUUUUUGUUGUUAAUUUUUGUAAGCAGACGCUACUCUUAAGCAGUUGACAAAACUGUUUAUUUUUGCAAUUAAAGUUGUGCUAAAAGCUUA